UUAUUUAUUAUGCGAGUACGUAUGUAGCCGCAGAUUAGAUUCCGGAUUCCCCAGUGUACACCUGUGCCGGCCCGUGCAUCUUCUUCCUCGAUUGUACUGCAGAUGCAUGUCGAUGCAUAAUUCAUGACUCAUAAUCGUAGUCAAUAGUGCAGUCUAGAGAGUGUACAAUUAUAUCUUAUUAAUGUUACGGGACUAACGCAGUAUCAUGGACACGUAUAAAUGACUGAUCUGGGAUAGAAAACUUGUUAACAACAAUCUUUAAGAUCGAGGAAGCACUUGUAACUAGGAUGAAUCGUUUCAGACAGGCUGUAAAUAACGUUAUGGCUAAUGUAGCCACUAUACAACAAUCUGGCCUACACAGAGACAAGGCUAUAGAAGGAGACCCACAGAAGGAGGAGAAAUAUGAAUAUUCCAGAGCAGAAUUCCUCCAACUCAGUUAUGAAGAGGUUGCCAUAGCAACAGAUAUCAUCAUUCGACCUAUCAUGGUUCCUAGAGAUCUAUCCAAAAUACCGUGGUACAGUGGUUACGCCGAAGUUGUGAAUGCUGGCAAGAGUAAACUAAAUGAGGACCAGGCAGCUUCUAGACACAUGUUUAUCAAUAACAAACACAGAGAGAAAACACUUGACACAAGCCCUGGAAAUGGUCUACCAAUCAAGGAUUUUGAUCAGAUUCCGCUGACGUAUUUUGCCAUCUUUGAUGGUCAUGCUGGACCAGGGGUAUCACUGAUGUCAUCUCGUGUUCUUCAUACACGUGUCUUAGCUAAGUUUGAAUCAGUGUAUGAUUUACUUGCUAAUAGCUCGCUAGAACAGAGACAGUUUACAAGGUCAGGUGAUCAGAGACCUAACAAGUGGCCAUUUAAUGAGAAGGAAGUCUCUGUAGAAAGCUUGGUAGUUGGAGCAUUAGAGUCUGCCUUCGUUGAAAUGGAUGAGCAAGUAAGGAAAGAGAAGUUAGACUAUCACGUACCAGGUGGUUGUACUGUCCUAGUAGCCAUCUUUCUCCUGGGGAAGCUCUAUGUGGCUAAUGCUGGAGACUCAAGAGCUAUCAUCAGUCGUGAAGAUAAAGUGAUACCGAUGUCAACAGACUUCACACCUCUUAGUGAGAGACAAAGAUUACAGAUGGUAGCAAGCACAAAUCCACAGCUUCUUGGGUCAGAGUUCUGCCCUCUUGAGUUCCAGAAACGAGUCCAGAGGAAAGACCUAGGCAAGACACUCAUGUAUAGAGAUCAAAACAUGACUGGAUGGGCAUUCAAGGAAGUGACUGAAGAAGACGUCAAGUUUCCACUUGUUUACGGAGAAGGGAAGAAAGCCAGAGUACUAGCAACCAUUGGUGUAACCAGAGGGUUUGGUGAUCACGAAUUGAAGGUUCAUGGUACAGAUGUCUACAUCAAACCAUUCCUAUCACCGGUACCGGAGGUGAAAGUUUACAACCUCUUUGACCGAGACAAUUCCGAGGACGAUGUACUGAUAAUGGCCUCAGAUGGAUUAUGGGAUGUGUUAUCUAAUGACAGAGUAGCAGAGGUUGUGAGAGAAGUUCUCAAUAGCUUCCCUCCUAAUGAUUAUAAGAAGUAUGCAUCAGCAGCUCAGGAGCUUAUCAUGGCAGCGAGAGGAGUAUUGAGAAUAAAUGGAUGGAGAACAUUGAAAGAAAACAAAUCAGGCUCAGGGGAUGAUAUUACGGUGUUUGUGAUUCCUCUUAAUAAGCAUACUAGUAUGGACAGACAAAGCAGUAUGACUGAAUCACAUGAUGCUAGCCCCAUCAGCAGUUAACAUUAUCAACACAGUGUACUAUAUAAAGACUAGUAGCUGGCUGUGUUUGUUGAUUGGGAGAAAGAUAGAGAAGGUGCUGCAUGUAGACAUCAUGAGGAAGAACAGAUGAAACAACAAGAUUUACUUUGAAGGAGACAAACAUAUAUACUGAUUGAUAUACUGAUUUGCCAGAGUCUUCACUAUGGCAGGGAGAAGCUAGACCAUCCUGAAAUAACUUGCCUUCAUGCCAAGAUGGUUUGGAUUCAGUCUAAGUCUGAUUUUAAUGACAAAGAAUCACGGCCCAAGUUUCGUAAUGGUAACCUAAUAUUCUCCUCACAAAAAGAUAAAUUAAUGCAGCACUGAAUUUUUGCAGUUCACAAAAUAUUUCUUGCCACAUACAAAGGUUGUCAUUUACAAUGAAUCAGUCCUGAAAUUGUCGGGAAUGUGAUGGACUUUCAAACGAUGCAUGCCUAAGUUUCUGGCUAUGGAGUUCAUGUAUAUAUCUGCCAUCGUGUUGAUAUAGAUAUCAUGUUCUAGCUACAUGUAUCUAUCUGUCAUUGUGAUGGUUACAAUGGCCCUAAACUGAACUAUACUGUAGUGUGUUUAUGUUACGAAAAAAGGACAAAUUAGUAUGAUGUGAAGGGUCAAGAGGUCAUAGCUCAUGCAUGUAUAAUACAUUACUGUCCCAUUCUUGAUCAGUGUGGAAUAGUUUGAAGCAUUGCUUGAGGAAUUCAAUGAAUGAUUUAAGUAGACCCUCCACCUUUGUACUAUCUUCUUCUGACUUGUUAUCUGAUGCAUAUGAUGACAAAUUACUUGGUGGUAGUAUUGAAUGAUUAUGAUAGAUGUCGCAAGGAGUUAAAAGUAUUACAUUAGAAGUGAUUAAAUAUGCAUCAUGUUCAUGCAUCAUGUUCAUGUAUGUAUCACCACAUAGAUUUUUGAAACAUGUAUCAUUUGUAGAAAUGUGUGUUUUAUAUGAUUAUGUACAUGAAAUUCAAACCAAAAGAGAUUUUUAUAUCUACUCUGUAAGAAGUACUUCUUGUAUUGUACUGAUCAUAUUUUAAUUGUGAUAUGUAUUAAAUAUUUUUAUUGAAUCAGUACUUAUAAAUAUGAAAUAUAAUUUUAACAUGUAGAAAAAAAUCAAUCUUCCAUUGUAAUUGAUGAGAUGUUUUAGAAGUCAUGUUUAUAAUUGCAUGGCUGAAGCAUUUUCUGCCAAAUAAUGAAAAUUAUUCAUUGAAAGUGAUUUAUAUUUGUAAAAGAAGAUUUGUCCUUGCCUGUUUUCUUGUAAAAUAUUAUAUAUGUUAAUUGUCAGAACUGUAUGUGUAAAGUGUGUGGGAAAACUGCUUGAUCCAUCUUUACUCAAAUAGGCCUAUGUCAAAGUGUCAUAGCUGCAUGAACAUGUAUGUCAAAAUAUUAGUGCACUGGAGAAUGAAAUAAUCGUCAUGUGUUUGUAUCUGUAUAUCACAAUGCAAUUGAUCGUAAAGACAUAGCAAACAGUGCAGCAUUUCCAAUGGUAUAAGUGCUUUUACAUAGUUCACUUUGAUAUUAAAGGGAACCAAUUAUCAAAAAUGAUUUAUUUGUUAUAACAAUGAUUUAGUUUGUUGUCAUAAGACAUACAAUCACAAAAGAAAUGUGUAUAUAGUUAAGGAGUGAAAAACAUGAUGGAGAAAUUGAUUUUAUAUCAAGGCAUACACGGAAGUUAACUCUAAGCUUACUCCCAUGCACUAGUGGAUACAAACACGUCUACUCACCAGUCAUUUUUACUUUACCUUUAUUUUUACUCUGACUAUUUUCAACAAAUUGCAUUUAUAUGGAAGUAACAUUUCAAGCUGAUAUUUUGAAUUUGGUAUAUCAGUAUAGAACCCCACAUGUUCAUCGAGUGAAAACAAAUAAUAGGGUGAUUCAUUCCCUUUAAAGAUAAAGGUGAGUUCUGGUAAAAAAAAA